AUGGACGCAAAACUCACCAUCGCCGACAAGAUGGGCCGUGGGCUCAUCAACGGCAUCUACUUUGUAACUCGCAAAUGGAAUAUGAUCAUACUAGGUUAUAUCUUUAUCAUCUCAAUAGGCAGCACUCUUCUCUACUUUCACGACGAACAACAGCCCACCCUCCAAACCCGAAGCUGGGGCGGUUUCGACCAACGUCCCCUUACAGAGAAGUGCUACCGCCAAGAACGCACCGCCAUGAUCCUCUCACUUCUCUUCGGAUGUAUCGGUGCCGACCAGUUCUACGCGCAUCACUGGCCUCUCGCUGUGUUCAAACUAUUCACUCUUGGUGGAGUGGGCGUCUGGGCGUUUGUGGAUAUGAUUCUUUGGAUUGUGGGUGGUGUGUAUGGGACGUCUGGAUGUCCUGGGGGGAGUUCCAAGGGAUGGCAGUACUGAGAGGCUUGGGGUGAUGGAGAUAGUGGGAGUGAGCAUGUUUGGUGGUGGGUAGUAAAUAAAAAGAUCGCAAU